AUGAAUGAAUUGCUACGACAGGAACAGGAGGGCGCUUAUGAGGUGUCUCUGAAAGUGGAUCGCGAAAAGGAGAGACAGAGACAGAGACGGAAGGAGAGGACACGAGAACGAUUGAUCCGUGAAAUACCGACUGAACCACAACUCAUUGACACGAAUGCAACACAUGUUGUGAUUAGACUGCCGAAUGGUAGGCGUCUGGAGCGACGGUUCCUUAAGACUGAAUCCAUGAGAUCUUUGUAUGACUUUGUGUUUUGCAAUAACGACUCUCCGCUUAACUUCAUUAUCCGUACAAAUAUCCCGACCCGUGACCUAUCCGGCCACUCACCACAACUCGAAGACUUCUUAGUGGAUGACAAUUGGACAACUCUGGAGGAAUCGGGUGUCGGACACAAAGAGAUGCUUUAUAUUAAAGAAUUAUAUAACUAA